AGAUGGAUGCCGAUUGAUAAUAUUGACAUCAUACCUCAAACAUUCAGUGUUGCUGUCGUCUCAUCUGGUCACCAUGUCGAGAGCAUUGAUACCCAGUCAACAGAAGCUUGCUGAGAAGCUGACGGUCCUGACUGACAGAGGCCGUGGAAUGCUUACUCGUAUUUACAACAUAAAAAAGAUGUUGGGAAGUGCUGAAAACAAACCAGCGUUCCUGUCAGACAAAAACCUAGAUGCAGCCUUUAAACACUUACUACGGAGAUUUCCCAAUCCUGAUGCCAAAGCCAGCGCGUUACUGCCAAUUAAUUCGAUCAAGAAUGAUGUUUGUAAGUCUUUACAUCUCUACUACUUCACCUUUGUCGACAUCAUGGACUUCAAGGACCAUGUGGUGGACUUGCUGACCACAAUGGAUGCCUGUCAAGUCUUCUUGGAUAUUACCUUGAACUAUGACCUCACUAAGAUGUACCUUGACCUGAUUGUGACCUAUGUAUCCAUAAUGAUCCUGGUGUCUAAGGUGGAGGAUCGUCGUGUAGUUUUAUCGCUGUACAACAUCGCACACGAGUAUCUACAUGCCACAGGGGACCCUUGGUUUCCGAGACUUGGUCAGAUGAUACUGGAAUAUGACUACCCAAUGAAAAAAUUAGCUGAGGACUUUGUGCCACAUACAAGGGUGGUGCGAAAUGCGAUCCUGUCGCUACAGAAAAUUUAUCCGAAGCGUAACAUCCCUGCAGAUCAGAUGCGAGCCACACAGCUUCUAACACUCCUGGGAGAGCCUGCUAAGAUAAUGAACGUCCCCAACACAGACAUGAUUCAGUGUGAAUACUUGUCACAAGAUUCUAUGGAGAAAUGGAUUAUUUUUUGUCUGAUGAUCUGCCACCCAUUCCUACAGGAGCCACAAGCCUGGGAUCUGUGGAAGACUGCACUGCAGUCUGGCUACAUUGUCCAGCUGGUUCGGGAUGAAGUUCUUCAUAUACACAGCUACAUCAUCUCAUUCUUUGAAAGUCUGAAAGGUCAGCACCUGAGCAAGAGAAUUAAUGAGAUUAAGGACCUUCAUCAUCAAGCAUUACAGACAUCACCAGGGGUUCACCGUGAGAGGAGAAAGUUUCUCCGUUCAGCCCUGAAAGAACUUGCACUCAUCUACACCGACCAACCCGGUCUUUUAGGUCCAAAGGCCUUGUAUGUGUUCCAAGGAUUGUCAAUAGCACGAGAUGAAAUCCAUUGGCUUCUGCGACAUUUUGACAACCCUCCAUCAAAGAAACAUAAUAUAAAAAUAGCACAGGAAGACUUUGUAGACAGGCAAAUCCCUGAACUGCUUUUUUACAUGGAAGAAUUAAAAGCUCUUGUAAGGAAGUAUAACCAGGUGAUGCAGAGAUAUUAUGUGCAAUAUUUAUCUGGCUUUGACUCCGUUUUACUGAAUAACCUGAUACAGAACUUAGCGAUGUGCCCAGAAGAUGAGUCUGUCAUUCUCUCCUCGUUGUAUAACUCUGUAGCUGGACUCACUGUACAACAAGUUGAAGCCAAUGAAGUGUUUGAUUUCCGUGGGAUUCGAUUGGACUGGUUUCGACUCCAGGCAUACACAAGUGGUAACAAGGCAGGCCUUACCCUGAAGGAUCAUCAAGACCUCGGAAAACACCUCAAUAUGAUUGUCUUCCACACAAAAAUGGUGGAUUUCCUAGACCAGAUGUUGACAGAGACAUCCGAUUUAUCUAUUUACUGCUUCUACACUCAGAUCUUCGAGCACCAGUUUAAACAGUGUAUAGAAUUUCCAUCACAGCAUCGUUACAGUAUCGUCUUCCCCCUCAUCUGUGGACACUUCAUGGUGGCCACACAUGAACUCUGUCCUGAGGAGAGACAUUCUAUAGGGACAACAAGUGUUCAGUACGCUCACUGGUUCCUCAAGGAAAUCUCAGAUGAGGUGAACCAGGUGAUCACUGCAAUUUGUGAGGAACAGUGUCUACUUAGUUAUAAGCUAUUACCCAAACAUAGUGCUGCUACCAUUCUGGCGUCAGCUCAGAAGAAUAAACCAACAAAGGACAAGAAUAAGAAACCAGUGGAGAAGGAACGACCAGGGGAGGAGUCUUUCAGGAAAAACAGGGAAAAUUUUACAAGGAUGGAUAAACUCCACAUGGCCCUGACCGAGAUGUGUUAUGCCAUUAACUACUGUAACGUAAUACAGGUAUGGGAACAUGGAUUUGUUCCGAGGGAGUUCUUCCUGCAACACCUAGAGACACGAUUCAACAAAGCAUUGGUUGGUAUGAUGAUGUACAACCCAGAAACAAAUGAAAUCGCCAAGCCUUCAGAGUUGCUGAGUGGAGUAAAAGCUGUCAUGAAUGUACUUCAGGGCCUGGAGAAUUAUGUACACCUGGACAUUGCCCGAGUGUUUAACAGUGUUCUACCCCAGCAGACACAAGCCACUGACAGCUUCAACGGAGAGAAAACCAUCACUGCAAACUAUGCUAGCUGGUACCUGGAUGUUUUGCUAAGGAAAGCCACUGUGAAUAUUGGCCAGAUCGUAUACUCACCAAACUAUAAGUCUUUUGUCACUGUGGCUGCAGAGUCCAACCAACAGGUGGUGCUUCAGGCAGAGGAGUAUGCUGACCUUACAGAGUUGCGGGCCUUAGCGGAGCUCAUUGGUCCUUAUGGCAUGCGAUAUCUGGGUGAGAGGCUCAUGGGACAUGUUGCCAGUCAGGUGGACGAGUUAAAGAAACUGGUAGUGCAGAAUCGUGAGACGCUGAUACAGCUAAGGACCAGUUUUGACAAACCAGAAGUGAUGAGGGAACUUACCAAAAAACUAAAUAAGCCCAAGACAGCUGCAAAUUCAAAACAAACUGCUACAGAUGCUGACAGUGUACUGAUGAGAAUGACUAUGAUAGGAGUGCUCCUGUCAUUCCGCUCUCUUGCCCAGGAGGCUCUGCAAGAUGUGUUGGAUGACCGUAUUCCUUUCCUUAUGGCUUCUGUCAAGGACCUACAACAUUUUGUCCCUAACACUAAAGACUCUAAGUAUUCUUCCAUGAAACAGCAGGUAGUAAAUGAGAUGGCGUCUGCUGGGGGUCUACCCUGUAACGUGGAUCCUACUCUUAUCAAUGCCCUCCGACAGAUGAAGUGUGAGCAACACAAUUUGUCGGAUUCCACAGAUGACAUCUCUGAAGAACACAAGGAGAGUGAAUAUGAGAUUGUGUGCCUGUUGAUGGUCUUUAUUGCUGUGUCCAUUCCCAAGCUGGCUCGUCUGGAGACAUCUGUGUUCAAGGCCUCCCUGGAAGGGCAUGUUAACAACACCCACUGUCUCGCUAAGACCAUCAACCAGCUGGCUGGGGCUCUCUUCUCUAUCCAUGGACAAGGGGAUGUGGCUGAUCGACUUCAGGAGUUCUUGGCUCUGGCGUCUUCAAGUUUACUGAGACUUGGACAGGAGAGCGAGAAGGAAUUGAUUCGUAACAGAGAGUCUGUGUAUCUGCUACUGGACGAGAUUGUACAGGAGUCCCCCUACCUGACUAUGGAUCUACUGGAGUCCUGCUUCCCCUAUGCCUUGCUGAGGAAUGCCUACCACUCUACUUACAAAGCCUCGGCUCAUGAGACAUAGAACAAAAAACAGAACAACACCAGGCAUUAAUUCCACCAAGAAUAGCUUAACAUCCAGUGUCAGGAGAAAGCUGUCUCCAUUCCUUUUGGUGUCCAAAGCUGUUGGACUUGUUACAGUGCCCAAAACAUUGUGUGGAUGAGGCUGUUGGAACUCCCAGCUAAUAAUAUGUAGUAUUAUAGAAGCUUCCCUGCCAUUGUGUGGAUGAGACUGUGGGGGACCUCCCAACUAAUGAUACGUAACAUUAUAGAAGCUUCCCUGCCUUUGUGUGGGCAAAACUGUUUACUUAGCUGUUACAAUGCAUAAAUCAUUGUUUGGAUUAACCUAUGGGACCUCCAAGCUGAACAGUAUUACAGAAGCUUCUCUGCCAUUGUGUGGACAAGUCUGUGAGACCUGGGGUUUGUUAAAAAACAGCAUCUCACCAUUUUGUGUUCAAGGCUGUAGAACCUAGUUGUCUCACAAGUAAGCCUGCCACUGUGUGUACGAGGCUGUUUAAGAUGAUGUAUCAGCCUCCAUUCAGUAAUAUAGGUGACACUAAAGGCCACAUAAACAGAAUAAAAAAAAUUACCAAGCAUUUGGCUGCUGUUAAAUAAUACGACCAAAUCAUUUGGAUGAAGGACAGAAGGAUUUCCUUGUGGAUGAAAAGUAGCUGUUCUAGACUUAAGAUUGUACAGAGCGAGAGCAAAUUUAUCAUCAUUUAUAUCAGUGUUAGAAGGAUGGAUAUUCUUUAUUUUAAGUGAAGAAUUCAAAGUAUAUUAUAUUUACCAUACCCAUACAUGCUGGUGGUACGUACUGUGAUGAUAUAAAUCCAGAAAGGAAUGUUGCCUAGAUGUUAUAUUCAGGAGUUAAUGUAGUACAAUAUUCAAUACAAUGGUGCCCGUGAAACAGUUACAUUUAUUUAGAAAACUUCAGUAUAAUGAUAUUACCAUGUGUAAGAGUGGGUUGUUAUUUUGGUAUGUAGAUAGAACAUAUAUAAAUUAUCGCAAUUCACAGUAGAGUGCUGUCUGUUUUUGAUUUGUCAGCACCUUACUUGUACCAUUUCAGGCAUUAAUCAGGAGGGAUAUCCAAAUAUUAAUACAGGCCUUGAAAGGCUUAGUUAAAUCACACCUGAAAGCCAAUAACAUCAGUAGGUCCUUUGUUAUUUGAUAAACGAACAACCCUGGUCCAACUGGCUAAUCAAAUAGAUGGCCCUAGAUUACCAACAAAAUCUUAAUCCAAAAUUGUCUCUCCUUCCCGGGAAUCCAUUAAAGUAGUAAAAAAUCCUUUUUAAUUUUGCAGUACUUCAACCCAAGUUAAUAUCCAUCAAAGAUAUUCCUCGACAUCAAGAAAUGUAAAUUAUUCGUAGAUAGCUUCAGGAUUGUGUUCCUAUAUGACACUUUCAUUGGGACUUGUCUCCUUCACCUAAGUAUACCAACAGAUCUACAUAUGUUAUAAUGAAGUCAUUAUGUAUCAGGCAUAUUAUAUACCUAUCAGAAGUCUAUACUGUAUGCUAAAUUUUUAAAACACCAGGUAGUCAAUACUUAUGAUAAAUAACGUGUGCGUAAUUGAAUGGUUUGUGAGUUUGAUUUAUUCUUCUUCAGUAACUUAGUGUGUGUUAGCAAUAGGCUAGAAUGUCUUUAUUGUGUAACACAUUGUUUUAUAAGUAUGUUAAUUAAAUCAUAAGUAAUAUGAUUAAACAUUAUAAAAUGUCAUUUUCAGUAAAUAUUCCUUACUUGGGAGAUUGAUGUACGAAUCUCAAAUGGAUCUUGUAAUUUUAUACUUACUUACAUGUAUGUGAAUUUUGAUAAUAUAUUUAAUUUAAUUAAAGCGUUAGAAAAAAUUCCAUAACUUUUGAUCAAACUAAUGCCAAAAUAUUGAGGACAAUAUCCAUGUAAUUUUGUUUAUGAAAGUGUGUCAUGAUAAUUAGAUAUUUGAGAUAAGUAUUCACCUUCAAGGAAAUAUGAAACUGAUUAUUUAAUUUAUCACUAAAAUAUUUUUUAUCACGAUAAGAAAAUAAAAGUCAAAGCUAAGUGACAUUGUGUAUCAGGUAUUAGGUGAACCUGAAUCUUCAUGUGUGAUUCUUAUCAUUUUUACUUAAUACAGUCUACAGGUAAAUAGCACCAUUGUAAGGUUGUUAUGUUUGUACACUGAACUACAAGUGUCAGUGUUUAUGUGUGUAGAUAUUGAGAUCUGUUAUAAAAAGCCCAAAGAUAAAUUUGAUAUUAAUAUUACAGAGACGAUUUUCUGAUUACACAGGUGGCCUGUACAGUAUCUUACCUCACUGUACAAUGUUAGUCCUCUCUCCUCAUACUACCCCUGGUAAAAUCAAAAUAGUCAUUUUGUCGCAGAUUUCAGCAGAUUUUUUAAUUCUUCAUCGUUUGGAUUUUCAGAUGUGUUUAUACUGCAAUUGCUGCUUCUCAUUAAUGAUACAUCAGAGUCAUGCAGGUUAACCAGGGCUCAAAUAUGUACAGGUGUACACCUGUCUCCUCACUAUUCAACCAAAGCACUGGUACUUUGUAUACAUUUCAGAAAUGUUGCAGUGGAUUUCUUGAAAUGAAAUAUAUAUAUAUGUAUUUUGAUUUAAGCUUGCAUGUUUUUAUACGAAUUAUCUUUAUGGAUACUAAAAUUUACUGUAUACAUGGUGUGUACACCAUAUAUGUAAUAAAAUAUGGAAAUUUC